ACUCAUUGGUUAAUUUCAAUAUGACGUCAUGUACCCGUACAUAUAUCAACUUCAAUGUGCUUGAAACCGUUUUUUGAAAACCCCGCUAUGCACCCAUACACGAUUCAACUUUGGAACAGAAAGGUCAUCCAAUGAUAAUGAAGAAAAGCAAGAAGAUUUAAUUCUAAGCAGAGAUAUAACAUCAACUACUGCAGGUGAACACAACUUCCGAUGUUUAUAACCUUGAUUGAUGCAUGUUUGUUGGCGGAAACAGAUCAGUGCCUUUACCACUUCCUUCUAAUUUAAUUUGUAAGUUAACGAAUUGAGUGUAGGCUUAUAAAAGCAGUUGCAAUGACUAGCUGGUGUGAGAGCCCGCUUGAUCUUACCGUUAACCAAUCAAAAACGCACACGGAGAUUUACAAGCCAUCAUGGAACGCGUGCACUAACUCUUCAACUAACAGAUACCUAUAUACCAGGCAUCAUUUUGCUACACGUUAUCCAAAUGUAGGCCAAAUGGUUAAUGCAGUAGAUAGCCGUGUGACACAAGCACCAAUAAAGAGGAAAUAUAGGCCUGCGUUUGAAGAGGAAAGCAUUGUAGUUAACCAUUUUGGCACUCAGGAGUCAGAUAGUAGUGGAGUUGUUCAAAAGAAGCGCCGAACAUCCCAAGUUGAUUUUCGACAAGAUAAACUGAGGGAAAUGGGGACUCCUGUUGCCCACCAUAAUGACGAUCAUAGGGUCGAAAAUGAUAAUAAAGGCCUACUUGCCAACAUGGAAGCCUUUCUAUCCGAAAUGCAAAUAUUUUCUUUAAAAGUUCAGGAAAAACUGAACAAGGACGACCAGGAGAGGGUGCUGGUAUUGCACAAACCUGUGCAAAAUAUUUCAGAGAAAGAACUGGACAGACACAUUCGGUUUUACUCCAAGUGGUUCCAAAUACAUGGACUUCGAAGUCAUUGCGUUUUCAUCACGGAAUGUUUGUUCGCUUAUGAGAAUUCAAAAUGUCCAGCAAGAUCUAAGAUACACAUGUUGGUUGCAGCUUCAUCACAUACUGGACUUGUUUUCCACAAGAUACAACUAGGCGGGUUCUCUAGAUCAUAUUACUCCAAAUUUAUCUCGACAGUUUGCUCAAAGUUACUGAACUACGGACAAAUCCAUUUUAUUUUUGAAAACUGGCCAAAAACCGAUUUAGAAUACAGUCUACUGAAGGAUAAGAACAUUGGUAUUACGUUUCUACCGACUAAUCAGGAAUAUAUGAGUAUGUUAACACCGAUGAAAAAUUUUGUUUUGAACAGAGUACAAGAUAUUUUAGAUCAUAGUAAACUGCCAAGCAAUGAAGAUGCACGCAGGUUUGUGGUACCAUUGAAUACUCUUCAUCAUUUGUUGGUAUGCAGCUAUCUGGACGAGUCCCUCACAUUUAUAUCACCUGCGGCUUUUUCUACUUGGUUCCGGCAGUUAUCUAACCGUUUCAUUGUAGCGGGUAGUAAUCCAAUGAAGUUCAAUUUGUAAUAUAUAUAACAUACGGUGCAAAAGUAAAUGCGCAAUCUAUCCGGAAAACUUACGUACAUGAAAUGGAAGACAGUUAUCAGUAUAAUAACGAAAACUUGAUUUUAAAUAUAAUUUAAAAGUAACAAACACUUAAAAAUUGAAAACAACAACGACUAUGAUGCGAAGUACUAAGAAAUAGUUUAAAACCGAGUAUUGUAAAAAUUAAUGUGCCAACAGCAGAUGAAUUAUACAGAGAGAUUCUCAUAUUUCUAAAUGACUUCAACAGUGAUGUUAACUUGGAAAAACUGGAAAUUAUUGAAUUAAUAUGGAACAAAACUGUUCUCAGCUGAUCAUUAAUAGACCUACAUGAUGCUAUACAAUUCCAAAAACGACACCUACACAGAAGAGCUCAAGUAAAGUCCUAUAUGCAGAAGCUGGACAUCAGAGAAUAUAAGAUCUAAAUCAUCAUGCACCAAAAAUCCAAGCAGCUGGAUAUCGUGGGUAGAAUGAAAUUAUUAUUUUAUGAUCUCAAGAGAAUUCGAGUGACUGCGAAACUUUAUAAUAGGCCUACUCAGAAUGAUGUAACUAAAACUCCCAGUUAAAUGCAAUACAUAGUUCGUGAACUCUUCAAAAACUACGCGGAGCUAGUGUAGUUUACCAAGAAGGAAGCAGACCCACAUAACGCUGAUUACAACAAACACAUCAAGGGAAAACAUGACAUUCAGUCAUGGAGACUGAAUGGAGUAACAAUACGCAGAGAAAACUGCGUGGGUAACUAAGCACAAUUAUAAUAUAAAACGAGAUAUUCCUAGGCGUCUUC